UACAGAGCUUCCACUUUCUGAUCCUGACCGCAUCUUCCUAUACAUAUCAGCAAUGGCUACUCUUUCUGCGUUGUUUCUGCUGUCCACGGUCGUGGGUGUUUUGGGUUUCCCCAACGGCCCACCCCUCGCACAAUGUCCGGGAAUGAUCCCCGCUGGUCACGGACCGAGUAAUGCUGUCGGUCCACCACCUUACAACAUCACAACCAGCGCUUUAAACUACUCCGUUGGCUCAACACUUGACGUUACAAUUAGCUCCGAUAAUGGGACAAUCUUCAAGGGUUUUUUCCUCCAAGCGAGACGGAUCGAACCAGGAUCUGACACGACCGUCGCCAUCGGAACAUUUUCCGACAUUCCAACCGGGACACAAACACUUGAUUGCAACCUAAUACCAAACUCUGCUUGGGGACACAGUAAUAAUGAAAACAAGACGUCAAUUACAGCUAACUGGAAUGCCCCAUUGCAAGCCGAGGGAGACAUAGCGUUCCGCGCAACUAUUGUUUCUGGCGUGCCUGAUCUGACGUUCUACUGGACUGAUGUCAUGUCCCUAACCGUCGAUGGACCUCCACGGGCUACAGAUUUACCCAUGACGACAUCUGGAGUGACCGCUGUUAAAGCAUCUGCUCUGCUGGCUGUAUUCGUCUCAAUGGGAGCUUAUCUCACAUCAACAAUCUAGCAAGGUGUUAACAACGCGCGGCUAAAACAUAUUGGGUGCAAGGUUUUUUGUCUUCUUCAAAAUGAUAACUUCAAAAUGUUGCAGCUAUAACUCCAGAAAUUACAGUUUCAAAUGACCGUUAGAGCAAAAUAAUAGUCGAUAUGGUGUACGUUAUGUUUAUUACCGUCUAGAAGUUUUUCUUGUUGUCACCCGUGUUCUCAUCUCCUGGUCUGUUUGUAACAGGGCUAUAUACAACGGUUCUUUUCAGAACCACCCAAACCCAUUAAGAGUCAUUAUAUACAUGGUUGUACCGCAACCAAAUCGUAUUUCCACCAUGCAAAGUUUCAAAUCCUACUUAUGUAUGAUUUCGCUUUUCCCCUUUCACACGUUUAUACACAAAUUUGUUUGAUCUAAAGAGGAUGUGCUUCUAAUAGCAACACAUUACUCCACUUAUGCUGAGAUUUGAUCGUUAUUUCCGGAAAUGUAUCAAACAAAUACGUUUCAGCGAAUUCAUGGAAUAGUUGUAGUUCACAUUAUUUAGUUCACUUUGGAAGCACUGGACACUUUUGGUAAUCUCAAAGAAAUUGUUGGCAUAAAAACUUACUUUUCACGAGCA